AUGUCCCUAUGCAAUCCUGCAAUGGCCUUGCGGUUUGACUCCCAGAUGAAAUGCAGCACUCCGGUUCCAGUCCAGGGGGGGACGUUCUCUGCUCUCCAUUUCUUCCCUCGACCAAGCAGGUCUUCCCCUUUGCUGAGCCAAGAGGAGCUUGUGGAGUCCUUGGAUGGGAGCCCCUGUGACUUGAAUGACCUCAGCCCAAGGCUGUUUGAGGGUAGUGACUGCUCCAUGCCUGAUUUCCAGCUGGCCAGAAGGAUCAUAUCGCAGGUAGAAUUCUACCUCUCUGAUGAGAACUUGUCCAAGGAUGCCUUCCUCUUGAAGCAUGUCCAGAAGAACAAGAUGGGUUUUGUCAGCAUUAAACUCCUGACAUCUUUCAAAAAGGUGAAGUAUUUAACCCGAGAUUGGCGGGUGACGCUCUAUGCUCUGCAGUUCUCCGAGAUGCUGGAAGUAAAUGAGGAAGGAACAAAGGUGAGGAGGAGGAACCCCAUUCCAGGGUAUCUGGUGAACAUCCCUCCAAGUAAGAUGCUGCUGGCCUGGAAUGUUCUUCCAUAUGAGCAAACCAUUCCUGCCUCACUUCUGUUCCAGACUACCUUUCUUGACAAGAUCACCAAGCUGUUCGGGCCAUUUGGUGACAUCACCUCCAUACGCAUCCUCCGGCCUGGCAAGAAGCUCCCUUCAGAUGUGAAGAAAUAUUCAUCACGGUACCCUGAACUCUUGACUAAGUGUUGUGCCUUGGUAGAGUAUGAGAGUUUGGAGAGUGCCCGGAAGGCCUUUGAGGAGCUCAGCCACAACCAGGUCUCAUCCCCUGGGGAAGCCAUCAAAGUGGUCAGCCUCUCUGGAAGGGGUUCCAAAAAGAAGAGUGUGCCCAGUCAUGAAGAUGGUGAGGAGAUGGAGAAGACAUCUAGAAAGUGGACCAGCAUGUUGCCCGAAGGCCUCCAACAUGCUCUUGAAGACUCCUUCUUCUACAGUUCAUCCACUGAGUCAGACAGUACUCCAGUUUCCACUCCCAUCCUGCCACGGAAUUUCCUCUCUGCUCCAGUCUGGCCAACCACCAGCUUCUGCAACUCUGCUGGCCAGGCAUUCAAACCCAAUUUCUUCAGCAUCCCAUAUGCAGGGCCCCUCCCACUGCACAAGUCUUUGGCUUGGCCAUUUUGCCCCUCACCUCUCUCUGCACCCAAGCUUGGCAAAGGCACUUCUGAAUUACCGAAGUCAUCUGACUCCUGCUGGGACAGUAGGGUAGGUACUGGGAACUUGUGGAUGCCAAAGCAGUGUGGACCAGCCUGCAGUCAAGUCCUCCCACUGAAACCAGAUCCCUUGAGCUCAGUGGCCAUUUCCAAACGGAUGUCUGAAUCAUUUGGUGUCCAGCCAGAGGUGAUCCGCCUUCCUCAGGGGCCAGAUGGCACCAGAGGCUUCUACAAUACCAUUGGAAGGGGGAAAUUUGUCCUGCGGCACUAA